AUGACAUGUGAUAAUAAUAUAAAUAUUUUAAAGACUAGUAAUAAAGUAUUGACAAAACCUACAGACAUAGCCACAGCUUUCAACAACCAUUUUAUUGACAUAACAAAUGGAUACAAAGAGGAAUAUUAUAAAAUGAACUCUAAACGAACUGUUUCUCUUUCUUUCACAGAAGCUCUGAAACUGUAUGGAGACAGACUAACUGAAUGGGAGAGGAACGAGAUCAGGAAAUACCCUGAGGUGUGGUUUCUGGGACUGGAAGCGAAUAAGGUCCAGGCUAAGUCCAAUCUACCCAACAACUGUGGGUUUGAUGAUGAAAACGGGAGUUACAAUAAACAAAUCCACGACCACAUAGCAUAUCGAUACGAGAUAUUGGAGGUGAUCGGGAAAGGCUCAUUUGGUCAAGUGAUCAGGGCGUUGGACCAUCGCUCUGGCAGUCAGGUGGCGAUAAAGAUCAUCAGGAACAAGAAACGGUUCCACCACCAGGCCCUGGUCGAGGUCCGGGUGCUGGAUCACCUCAGACUGAAGGAUAAAGACCAAUCCCACAACGUGAUACAUAUGCUUGAUUAUUUCUACUUUAGAAACCAUUUAUGCAUCAGUUUUGAGCUUAUGAGUAUCAAUUUAUACGAGCUGAUCAAAAAGAACAACUACCAGGGAUUCAGUUUGAGCCUCAUCAGACGAUUCACCAGUUCGCUGCUUCGCUGCUUGAGGCUGUUAGAGGGAGAAAACAUUAUACACUGCGACUUGAAACCUGAAAACAUCCUGUUGAAGGCGAGAGGCAGUUCCUCCAUAAAGGUGAUAGAUUUCGGCAGCUCAUGUUACACGCACGCGAGGGUGUACACCUACAUACAGUCGCGGUUCUACCGGAGCCCCGAGGUCAUACUCGGGCUGCCGUACGGGACCCCCAUAGAUAUGUGGAGUAUGGGUUGCAUCCUUGCGGAACUCCACACUGGUUAUCCGUUAUUCCCUGGAGAGAAUGAAGCGGAACAGCUCGCUUGCAUCAUGGAGCUGCUGGGUCCACCUCCACCGGAUCUCCUGCUGCAUGCGACAAGAAAGAGACUUUUCUUUGAUUCGAAAGGCUCACCGCGCAGUAUUACAAACUCGAAAGGGCGUAAGCGGCGACCGGCAUCGAAGACUCUAGCGUCUGCCGUUAGAACCGACGACCCGGCAUUCCUGCAUUUCUUACACAGAUGCCUUGAAUGGGAUCCAAAACGGCGAAUUACACCGACGGAAGCUUCUAGACAUGAAUUCGUGACUGGAUGCGCAUUAGGAACGACUUCGGCGGGUGUUCUGGCUCUACCGCGACUUGCGCCACCCAGGCCCACUCGGAGCGCGUUGCUCCACUCCCAGUCAGCUGGUGAUGUGGCCGCCAUGUUGGGUAGAGCGUGACCUCGUGACAGCUGAGUUAGAGUCGGUUCGGGCGGGCUACCGUAGACAAUCAAGUGUUUUUUUUUUCUUUAAUUAGGCAAAAGAAUUAUUGACUGUGAAUUGUAGCAUCAUGUAUGGAAAAGACCACAGAUCUUUAAGCUCUUACUAUACUAACUGUAGAUGUUCAUAGAUGAUAGUAUUUAAAUUUUUAUGACUGAUGAAGACCAAUUCUAGAUUCCAGAAUGUCAUAUAUUGCAUAAUAGCCAUCCAUUGUUUUAAACCGAGCCAUUAUUUCUCAAUAUCAUGCCGAACCAUUAUUAAUCAAGAUAUAAUAGUAGAUACCUAUACAUACAUCUGUUAUGCACUACUUACAGUGGUGCAUUGAGGUGCAUAUGUUGCAAAUUACUUUCUAAAUAGUUACAAAAAUUUGAUCUCAAGUCAUACAAACCAAAUAUUAGUAUUAGUAAAAAAAAAUUGUCAGACAGUCGAAUUCCAUAUUGCUAAAGUACCUAU